GCAGCUGCAAAGAGGCAAUGUCCACUUGCCAGCUUAACUGUUACUUCAACCCUACUAUGGAGAUUUUCAUCUGACACAAAACUUUAAAACCUGAAAAAUAUGGAAGCCAGUCUCUGGAUUGUAUCUUUUUUGAUUUUUCCAUACUUAAAUCUGGGAUCGUUGUCUGACUACAAGAUCUGUGGAGAUCCUGGAUGCGAAAGUCCAAUGAGCAGAGUGCAGGCUAUAAAGAACCACAAAGGAAAGGACUGCAGAUUCCUGAACUUCAGACGAGGAGACACAAUUUUUGUGUACCACAAACUUACAGGAAAACGAGAAGACCUCUGGGCAGGCACUAUUGACAAACAAUUUGGCUACUUCCCAAAGGAUGCAGUGGAAGAGGAAGACGUUUUUGCAACAAUGAGGAAAGUGGUGGAGACUCAGAAAUCUGAUUUCUUCUGUAUGGAUGAGUCUGGAUAUCCUAUUGACACAAAUCAUCUGGACACUGAUGAGGAUGAUGAUCAUAACUUCCAGGAGCCAGAAUCCAUCCAAAUCACCCCACAUUCUCAUGACACAAAUGCUCAAGAUUCUUUUAUGUCUACUGAAUCUACGGUAAAAGAAAGAGAAGACGAAGAUGGAAACAAAGAUCUCAUCUAUGCAGCCAAGCGUGUCGAGGAUGAACCUAAGACUUCAGCCUCUCCAGAAGAACAAGGUGGGUCACCCUCCUCCUCCUGGCUACGUUCAUCUGUGACAGAAUGGUUAGGUCUUGCUAAAGAAGAGCAGUCAGGUGAAUCGGAACAAGGAGAGAGGGAAGAUGAAAGGGAGGAGACUAAAUCAGAAGCUUCACUCACAUCUUCUGUGACGGGGUGGCUGGGCUUUGGAGGAGAAGGACAACAUGACAAUGAUGAAGAUAGUUUGAAAAUUAGGGAAUAUUCCUUUACCUCAUCAAUGACAGGCUGGCUUGGUUUCGGGGAGGAGAAGAAAACUAUCACUGUAGAAAAUGAGGAAAUUGAAGAAACAGGUGACGAGAAAGAGCCUACAGAGACAUUUAGGAGUAGGAGGAUGUCUCUGGACCUGGAAGGCAGCAAAUUACAGGAAGAGGAGAAGGAGGACAUGGGAACGUUGGGAUGGCUGGGCAGUGAGUUGUCAAGCAGGCUGGGGUUUGGUUCAAGUGCUCAGGAUUCAGGAGGAGAAGGUGAGGGAGUGAAGGAACAGCCUGCAUCUAGUUCUUGGAUGGAGAUGAGAAUUGGGGGGUUUUGGGGCAGUAAUACUGAAGCUGAUGGUAGUAAAGGAAGUGUUAUUAGCGAGACAGAAAAGGACCAAACAUUAGAACAACCGUCCAGAUCAGAAAACGUGGUUAUCAGUCAAGCACUAGCCUCAUUUUCAGAAGAAAUAAAAGCUCAAACCAAAAAGGAAUCAGAAAUGAAAGAAAUUGUAAAUGUCCCAUCUACACUUCAAGGCAGUGCUGAAAGUGGGGAUGCUAUAGAUCAUAAUAUAGAUAAUACAGACACAAAGCAAGUAAAUGUUUUAGAUAUUAAUACUGAGAUUGAGGUUUUCAACAAAGGUGUUUCGAUUCAUAACUCUUCCCUAAAAGAUAAUACAGGGGACAACAGGCCAAUUGAAAAUGUGGGUGAAAAUAAUAUCAGGGGUCAACGAUUCAGUCAAAAUGGUGAGUUUACUGAACAACCAGAAAUCAGUUUGGACAGUGACCACAGUUUAAAGGAAUUAGAUUCAAACUCCAUGGAGCAACUUGAAGGUAGUGUGGAGAAAGAUGAAAACCAUCAUAUCCAAACCAAGGCUCCAGGAAGUUUGAAGGAGGAAGGGGGUGAAGUAACAAACCAGGUUCAUAAGUUGGAAGAAUCCGCCCUAAUGUCAGAAAACAGUCCAGUUAGUGGCGAUGAUAAUAAAGGAAAGCUAUUUAACGAAGUGACAGGUUUAUCUCAACAAGAAAUACUGAAAGAAGAAUCACUUGAGGAGACUCAAGUUAGUGAUGACCAGGAGGGGAGCAAUGAGCAGGGCCAGGUUGUCUUUUCGUCUCUUGAAACAGAGAUCCUUCAGGGUGAGUUAGGACUGCAGCAAGAAACCCAACCCAUGGAAGCCAGCUCUCAGGAUGAUGGAGCAUCACUUUCUGGAAACACUGAAAGUCUGUAUGACAAUGUCUCAGAGGACGAUGGAGGAAAAAUCUCCUCAAAUGAAACCACACCAGGCAUCAAUAAAACCCCAGGGUUUCCACAUAUGGAAAACAAGGUAAUGCAAAGAGAGAGUGAUGCUGAUCAGUUUGAGGAAACUGUGAAAGAUCAGAAUGAACUAACUGAGAAGGAGAAAUCUUCUUUUGAGGAAGAAGCUCGGGAUGAAAGUAAACUAAAAUUAACAGUAGGUUCUGAAAGAGAAACUGAAUCACCAGAGGGGUUAAAGGAAGAUGUAACAAAGAUGAAAAAGGAAGAUGUAAAGGAGGUGAAAGAGCUGAUCAAGGAAUUGAAGCAAGAGGGACAGCAAAGGAAAUUGGAGGACAUACAUAAAAAUGAAAUAGAGAAGGAAGAAGAGAUGGUAAAUGUUUCUAGAGAUGGCAGGGGGUUAAGAAAAGAAAGGCAGAAGGAGGCGGAGGAGCUAGAGGAGGGAGAGAAAAUGGAAACCGCAUUACUAAAGAAUGAGCAAGCCAAAAUGAUAAGGUUAAAGGAAUCAGAGGAGCCAAAUGAAAAAGAGCAGGAGGAGAAGAUGGCAGAAGUUUCUGGUGAGAGCUUAAGUGACAAGGAGAUGGAGUUAAUAGGAGAAAGGGAGAAGGAUCCAAAGAAGUUAAAUGAGAAAGACAAACAUGUAGAGGAGCUACUAGAGCAUGGAAAUCAGAUCAGAGUGGAAGAGUUAAAGGAAUCUGAGGAGCAAAAUGUAAAAGAGGAGAAGGCAGACGUUUCUGGGGGGAAAGAAGUGGAGAUGGAGUUGAAAGAAGAAAGGCAGAAAAAGAUAGAGGAGCUAAAGGAGGACACAGAAUUACCAGAGCAUGAGCAAGCCAGAGUGGAAAGGUUAAAGGAAUCAGGGGAGCCAAAUAAAAAAGAGCAGAAGGAGGAGAAGAUGGGAGAAGUUUCUGGUGAGAGCUUAAGUGACAAGGAGAUGGAGAUAAGAGGAGAAAGGCAGAAGGAUGCAAAGAAGUUAAAUGAGAAAGACAAACAUGUAGAGGAGCUACUUGAGCAUGGAAAUCAGAUCAGAGUGGAAGAGUUAAAGGAAUCUGAGAAGCAAAACAAAAAAGAGGAGAAGGCAGAAGUUUCUUGGGAGAGGGAGGAGACAGAGUUACAAAAAGAAAUGGAGAAAGAGUUAGAGGACCAAAAAGACGAAGAGAACCAGGAAACAGAAUUACUAGAACAUGAGCAGGGUACAUUGGAAAGGUUAGAGGAAUUUGAGGAGCCAAAUGGAAAAAAGAAGGGGGGGAAGGAGAAGAAAACAGGAGUUUUUGGGGAGAGCAACAAGGAAGAGGGAAAAGAGUUCAGAGAACAAGAACAGAAAGAGGACGAUGAUUCAAAAGAGAAAAUGGUAAAAGAGUUUGUCAAGUAUGAAAAUCGGGUCAGAGUAGAAGAGUUAAAGGCAUAUGAGGAGCAAAAUAAAGAAGAGAAAAAGGAAAAUGAAGAACAGGUUCAGGAGGGACAGCUAGAAGAUAACAAGACUGACAUCUGGAGGCCCGAGUUUGAAGAUUUUGAGAAAGAGCCGGUUGAUAAUUCCAGCUUGGCUUCUUUGGUCCCUGAAACCAACACAGAGAUCCAAAGGGAGGAAGAGGAGAAGGAAGUAGAGAAACAGAAGAAAAAUGAGCUUGAUAAAGAAAAAGAACACGUGAUGAAGGGAGUGGAGGUAAAUAAUAUUGAUGUAGGUGGGUCUGAGGAUGGAGAAUGGACUGGAAAGCUAAAUGAUGAUGGCAACUGGAAGGAAGACAGUGAUAACAGUAAUUUUGAAGAAGAAAUCAGAAAAACUGAUGCUACAAAAACUGGUAAUGAAUUUCACAGAGACAGAGGAGAAGACAAAACGUAUCACUCUGCUGAAAGUCAAGUUCAGAUAUCUGAACAAACAAAGUCCACACAUCCACCUCAAGGAACAGAGAGUGAAAGUAAAGGAGAUCUCGGUCUUUUCAAAAACACCCUUGGAUUUUUCUCCCAAAUGCCCAUCCCUGUGAUGACCGAGUCUAUACAGUCUGAUCAGAAUUUCCAAACAAAUUCACCAGAGACAUCACAGCCUUGUAGGUCUUUCUCUCCAGAACUAGAUUCCUCCACAGAUUCACUUCACCCUGAAGCAACACACACAGCCUUUCCCCCAGAGCAGCUGCAGCCUCAUCCUAUUUCUGCUAAAAACCUCAACUACAACGAUCCUUCGGUCACAGAAGCACCUUCCAAAACAAAAACCCUCAACAAACAUUAUAAAAAUCUUCACCACCACAUGAAUGCAGGCGAGGUGGUUAUUUUACAGGACCUCUUUGGCCGACACAAGCUGCAGUUUUUAGAUUACAUUUUGACAAGUUUAGACGCCAUGACUGCAGAAGAAGAUCAAUCAAUACUGUCUGAUAUAGAGAGACUUCUGCAACAUCACAUGGAGAUGCUGGAUGCUCCCAGUAUGAGCAUCACUGAUGUACCACAGGAGGACAAACAAAGGACCAGUGCAAUUUCUGCACUUCAGAAGCUGGGAACGUUAUUGAAAACAGUGAAGGAGACUAUCAGCACAGGAAUAUCAGAUGUCAGUAAUCAUCAAGCGGGGCACAGUUCAAGCCAAACCAAAGAUGAGGAAGAUAAUUCCCAACCAUUGUCUUUACGUGAAGAUGAUGGUGGCAACGUUAAAGACUGGAAUUAUGUGGAAGAGGAAAGAAGAGAUACAGGAAGUAAAGACAAGAUGGCAUCCCUCCAUCACACUCAGCCAGGAUCACAACAGAAAGGGUUAAUCAAGCCAACUCUGGAAUUCAUUCAUCGGGUAGCAGAGGACUCCAUUAUUUAUACUCAUGCAGUAAUGGAGAUACUUGUUUGGAUUAUUGUGCAGGCUGUAUCAUUACUGCCUGAUGAUAUGAGGCCAGGGCCAGACCUGUACGGUAUACCAUGGGAACCAAUAAUCUUCACUGGCCUGAUGGGGCUGGUCACAUUCCUGUUGUUCACCUGUAGAUGUUAUAGAUCUAUUAAGAGCAGGCUAUAUCAAAGAAAUGAACACAGGAUGGCUGAACAAGUUGCACAGCUGCUGGAUGAAAAGUGUAAAGUCCUCGAGACUCUCAGUCAGUGUCAACAAGAGUAUGAUGACCUGGAGAACUUACUCAGGGACAGUGGCGUUCUGGCUCAGACUCAAAAAUCAGAACAUUUGGAGGUUCAAGCCAGUCAGUUGGAGCAGACUAAAAAGCAGCUGGGAACAGAUCUUGAACAUCUGAAGGAUCAGCUGGCCCAGCAGCAAGAACGUAGAAAGGAGCAAGAAAGGAAGAUAACUCUGCUGGAGGAAAGCAUGAAGGCAUGUGAAGAAGAAACCAAAGAGCUCCAUUCAAAGGAAGAGCAGGCACAAACAACUCUGAAGAUAUACAGCAUGAGCAGCGAUAGACUACAGAGGAACCUGGAAAUGGCAGAAGAGGAGAACACUGUUCUACAGGAGAGCAACUGUCAGCUGAAGCAGGAGGUGGAGGGAUGGGCAGAAAGAGUGAGUGAGCUGGAGGCAGAGAUGCGGAGAUGCGAGGUCGCCCACAGCGCAAUGAUGCAGGAUGUGGCCAUCAAAGAUGAACGUAUAACGUCUUUGACGGACCGGCUGCUCCGAAUGAAAUGCUGGGAUUCAGACCUAGAGGAUGAGGAGGGAGGAGAAAAGGAGACUACCAAUGGGUCAUCGGGAAAAGAAGAGGACACACAUCUGCAGAAAGUCCAAAACCUCAUUUUCGCUGCUAAGCUGAAUGCUGACCUCAAAUCAGUGGAUGAAGAUAAGGACAGAGUGUUUGCAAAGCUGAAUGAUGAAAUCAAAGCAAAAGAAGACCUGCAAGUGAGCAUUGAGGAGAUGGAGAAAGAGAAGUUAUCCCUAGAGUCUGACAGUGAGAAUUACACGGAUCAGGUCGAGCGGAUACAGCAGAAACUGCAAAUCAUGACAGAAAUGUACCAGGAGAACGAACUCAAGCUGCACAGAAUGCUGACUGUGGAGGAGAAGGAGCGUCACCAGAAGGAGGAGAAGCUGAGUAAAGCUGAUAAAAACAUUGAGAUGGCGAUGGAAGAACUGAAUAACUACAGAAAACGGGCAGAAGAGAUGGAGGAAGAGCUGGAGAAAACAAAACAGUCGUAUCAGACUCAGAUUUCAGCCCAUGAGAAGAAAGCUCAUAAUAACUGGUUGGCGUUCCGGUCAGCAGAGAGAGAACUGGGAGACAUCAGACGAGAGAACGCCCUCAUCAGACAAAAACUCACAGAUACUCAGUUUAAACUGGACUCCCUUGAUAAAGAUCCAUACGCCUUGAACAACCUGGCUCGACCGCUGCCUUUCCGAGCUGAAAGGUCACCUUAUGCGCCUUCUCCUCUGGGUCGACCCUCUUCUGAAACAAGACCUUUCCUCUCUCCUCCAACAUUAAUGGAUGGGCCUGGUAGACUGUCUCCCAGAGUAUCUCGUGGUCCAGGGGAGCCCCCAAGUGGCCAAGCAGAGAUGGAGCGCGGUGGAGGUCCGCAUUCAGACAGCGGUUCAAUCUCUCCUACAUGGGAGAGAGAUCGUAGGGGUCCCCCGCCAGGAGCUCCUGGGCCUCUAGGACCCCCAGGCUACAUGUUUCCAGAACCAGGAGGUCCCAUGUUCAGGAGACCACCACCUCCUCCAGGGGUUUUGGGACCUUUGCCUCCUCCUGGGGCCCUCCUACCUGGCACUAUGCCACCUAGAGGUCUCCCCCUGGGACCUCCUCACCCUCUAGACAUGGCAGACGGCUCGUUCAGAGAAAACCGUCUUGGACCUGGUGACCCGGACCACAGAGAGUCUGGUCCUGGUGGUCAGAGGACUCCCCCUGAACUGGAUCCAAGGAUGGGUGGCCCUCUUCCACCUGGACACCCAGGGAUUCCUAUAGAUGGCCCCUAUCCUCGUAGAGCCCUAUAUGGACCCCCUCACCAUCCUGAUUUCUACCCACCCAGGAUACCAGGGGGUCCUCCCAUGAGGCCCAUGUGGUCUCCCCACCCUCCAGGAAUGAUUCUUCCUCCUCGCUUCUCUCCUGUUGGACCUUUUCCUCCCACCCCUAAUCCCAACAUCCCCUAUGGCCCCCGCAUGGCACUGCCUCCUUCCAACAAUCUUCCUCCUUCUUCCAUAGGCCCUCCUCCUCCUCAUCAGCAGUCCCUACCUUCACCACCUCACAGGCAGUCACCAGAGAACAGACCUUCUCCUGAAAAUGCCAUCUGACUCUGGCAUUUUCCAUAAGGAUGCAUUUCUGGUUAAGCUCAGUAGCAGAUGAAAGAAAGGUGGAGUUCCCUUUCUUCUGCACCAUCUAUUUAUUGACCAGGAGGGAUAUUUAAUAAUUGGUGUUUGUAGAGCAGAAACAUCAAUCAAGGCUGAUUUUUCACUGUAGGACUGCUUCAGUUCUGUUUCUCACAAGUAAAACCUUAAUUCUCCACCCUGUAAUCCAGACACAGGUUCAUUUAAAAUCAACAGCUUGGUUGUUGAUUAACUGCUACCUGUGUGGGAUAAAGCUGUCGCACUAGCGAGGAACACUGUUAACUGGAUCUUAUGUUGAAUUGCAUGUUGACAGUUUGACAUUGGUCUGCAGUUCAGGUCAAUGACAGAAGGAAAAAUAAAUGAACACAGCUUAUUGUGGCAGAACUACAUUUUUAUGCCUGAAUUUGUCAUUUUUUCCACAUUAGUGUUUUUAAAAUGCUCUCUCUUAACAUUUCUAUAACUUUCAAUAUGAUUUUCUUUAAAACAGUCAUUUCAACUUAUAUGAUCUUCUUCCUCAGAGGUCAAAUGACUGUUUUCUUAAAAUUUGAUCAAACUUCUCCGACUUCCCUUUGAAAUACAGCAACUUUCCAAGAGCAGUGAUAUAACGGUGCUUCUGACCCCGUUACAGUGACCUACAAAUCAAAACUUUGACUCCAAGUCAAAUGGACUGACUGGGAGAGAAGCUAAGUCGUAGCUACAGUUGUUAGCUUUGUGAAUUUUGUAAAGUGAUUAUUUGAUAGAUGAAUAAAGACUUUUAAAACUUGA